AUGGCCCUUUUGCUCGUGCUGUGGCUCUUCGGCCCAGGCUAUGUUGCACACGCAAAGGCAUCAGACCGCCCGACUUGCGACUGCUGCGACGAGUACACUCUGCAUGCAUAUGCAGGUGAGCUGAAUCGACACUGCUUACCAGCAUCCUUGCUGCGAAAGAAGCAGGAUAUCAUCGUUGGAGAGGCGCUUGACGGCAGUCCCAGCGUCCCAGAAGAGGCCCUGAGCAUUCUUUGCGCCAGUGCGCUUUGCCGAAGCAGUGUUCUUCGCUACUGGGCUCGAGUCCGUGGGUGCUCUGAGAGCAGCAGCUGGAAGCGUUUCGGCUUUGCUUGGGCCGCUGCGAAGGUCCGCUGCAUGCGCCUGCCGCAGGAGCGAGAACCUCAAGACGGUGCUCGAUAUCAGGUCCUCAUGCAAGCCACAUUCGGUCACGAUGGCCAGCAGGCGAAAGAUGCAGCCAACUUGGAGCUCGCGUCGAUGGCUAUCAAGCAGGUUGACCUGCAAGCAGAAGAAGUAAAGCAAAGCUCCAGGGUGCUCAAGGAGCUGGAUCUCAUUUUGCAGCGUGCUGGGCAAGUGCAGGAGAAGCAGUGGAUCGAGACGCGCCAGGCAGAAAUUCUCAUCGCUGUGACGAUUACCGUUUACGCCUUCUUUAUCGGCUUUGAGCUCGAGAUUGAAGCAAACCAUGCAGAUGUGGCAAGUACCCUUUCGCAAGCAUUUCUGAUCUGUCACGUCGUGUUUAACACGGUCUUUGUACUGGAGAUAGUUUUACGUGUGCGAUCUGUGGGCAUAAGAUACUGUUCUCCGUUCAAUCCUGCUGGAUUUUUCGAUGCGGUCAUCAUUCUCAUUGGCACUGUUGAGAACAUCGUCUCGGUGGUGUUCGCGAUGAUGUCACAGGAUGGCAGCGGCUCUGUGCUCGCCAUCGCUGGCGUGAUGCGCAUCGUCCGUCUUCUGCGACUCGCCAGGCUCCUGCGUGGAUUCCUGGUCUGCCAAGAGUUGAGACUUUUAGUCACCGGUAUGAUGUUGGCUCUUCCGACUGUGGUCUGGGCUGGAGUGCUUUUUGCCAUUGUGGUAUACUUGGGGACUAUGUUUACGGUGAUACUGCUCGGCAAUAUUCCUGAACUUGAGGGUUACUUUGGCACAAUUGGGCUGGCACUCUGGACCCACUUUGUCAUCGUGACCAUGGAGACCUGGCCCGACAUCGCAGACACCGUCCUAGCUGUGGCAAGUCCACUGUGGGGCGUCUACUUCGUAGUAUUCAUCUGCAUCUCGAGCAUGUCGCUAAUGAACUUGGUCACAGGGGUCAUCGCGGAAAAGCUUUUGAGCACUAAAGAUGUUACCACAUCAGAGGACACCGAGGAUGAGAUGGAGGCUUUUCGUCAAGAAAAGGCUGCCUUCAAGCAGGACGUGUGUGAGCUACUGCUUUACGAAGACGACAUAGAUGUGGACAUAUUCGCAGGCUUGAUGGAGACGAUCAAAAUGAGAGCCUGGUUGCAAAAAUUGCAGGUGUCUCCUGAACUGCCGGCCAACGAUUUGUUCAAUCUUCUGGACACAGAAUGCAACGGAAACUUGACGUUGGAUCAGCUCGUCGAAGGCAUGCUGAAUUUAAGGGGAUCCCGCUUGAGGGUGCAUUCCCUCCUGUUGCAGCAGGACUUGCGUCGAUAUUGCCAGGACGAGCUGGAUGCACUUGCUGAAGUCGAAACCAUUGUGGUUCGUCAAAUAUCGAAGAAUCUAACUUCCCUGAACCAGACCUUUCAGGAGGAAUUGCAGAAUAUGCAAAAGCUAGCAGAGCCAAUCUCAACUGCACCAGGCUGCGACGACAACUUUUCUGCCUGGAUGGCCGAGAAGGAGAGCCUGGAGCGCUUGGUCACGGAGCUGGGGCUGUUGGCCGGCACGAGUGAUCACCUCAAGUGA